CAUUGCCUUACGAGUUUCUUCCGUUUAUCGGAACUUAUGAUGCAUUGAUUGAUAAUCUCAUCAACAAGACAUUUGACGCUAUAGUUGGAGACAUAACUAUACUUGCAAACCGGUCAAAAUAUGUGGAGUUCACGCAACCAUUCGCCGAGUCGGGGCUGUCUAUGAUGGUCCUGGUGAAAGGGGAAGGGAACCGAGGUUGGCUUUUUGUGAAGCCAUUUAACAAGAAAAUGUGGUUGGUAACUGCCCUUGUUAUGAUCUACACUACCCUCAUUGUUUGGUUCUUAGAACGACAAUCCAAUCCUGAAUUUGGUGGCCCUUGGAAAAAUCAAAUCAGCACUGCCCUUUGGUUCACUUUUUGUACGCUCUUCUUUUCUCAGAGAGAAAAGAUUCAGAGCAACUAUAGUAGGAUAGUAGUUGCCUUAUGGUUAUUUGUAGUAUUUGUAGUAACGUCAAGCUAUCAAGCCAGCCUCACCUCAAUGCUAACGGUCCCAAGGCUAGUUCCCAACAUAACCGAUGUGAGCUGGCUCAUCAAGACAAACGCACCCGUGGGAUGCGAUGGCGACUCGUUUGUGAAAAAUUACUUAAAACAAGUCCUUGAAUUUAGCCCUGCCAAUAUCAAGAACAUCAGUAGUCAGUACAGUUAUCCAGACGCAUUCAGAAGUGGCAACAUCACGGCAGCCUUCCUUGAGCUACCUUAUCUUAAGGUCUUUCUUAAGGAAAACCAUGGUUACCAAGUUUCCGGACCAACCUACAGAUUUGGAGGGUUAGGCUUUGUGUUUCAAAAAGGGUCACCGAUAGUUGAUGAUGUGUCCGAAGCCAUAUUAAUGAUGUCCGAGAAUGGAAAGCUAAAGGAUUUGGAAGACAAAUGGUUCAACGGUAGCAUGUCGAACACUGCAACCGACAUAGGAACCAACGGCCUUGGUCUAGAAAGUUUUUGGGACUUGUACAUUAUUUCCUUAGUCAUAUCCACUGUUUCAUUACUUUUAUUCCUCCUCGUUGGACUCAAGAAUUACUUAUCCCUUGGAAGAUUCUCCCGAAAUUUUGGAAAUUGGUCAAAUUUGUUUCAGACCUUAAGGAGGAGGCAGGUAGUUUAUCCUAGUCAAGUUCCUACUUUAAAUUCGGUUCCACAGUUAGGUGCAUGGUCGGGUAGAGGAUGAGAGUUCGUUAGCCC